CACCACGGGUAUAGUUGCCCUCAAAACCUACUGACAUCCAAAUUUUUUAAUUCAAUUUUGAAACACGAGUUUCCAGACCUGUCUAUUUUACGAUCGUGGUGUCGAUAAACUAAAUUAGAUUGAAUUAUUUAGAUUCCUUUACGGAUUUAAAAUUGCCGCCUACGGAAUUCUUCGGAUUUUUUAAGUAACUUCUACCAAAUCUUGUUGCUGCAAGGUUGGCAACACUGAUUUAUCUGUUCUGUUGUUCUGUGGCAGUCAGUUACCCACGUGGUCGCGGCCGCUUGUUUUUGCUGUUUUUUUGCUGGUAAUGGCCUUAUCAGAGAAGUUAUUUUCAACGUUAAAUGGUACAUUUCGAAAACAGCGAAAAAAAYUGGYCGUCGCAGUUUGGGAAAGUGUUCUCACCAUUAAAAUUGAUGAGCAUGGGAUGGCUUCACCAGCGCAAGAAGUCAAUCUUGAUGUCCCCAAAAAAUCGGGAGUUAUACACAUGGAAUAUAUCCAUAUUGAAGAUACGCUAGAAAAAAAUCGAUACAUUCGAUUUGGUGAUAUCCACCGAAUUAGCAAUCCGGAAACGACCAGCAUAAUGUUGGAGUUGGAAUGCGGUAAAAAGGUCAAACUAAUAUUUGGAACCGCAGAGGCGAAAGAAGAUUUCUAUGAAGCAAUUCCUGUCGUUAGAUGAAAUUAUUUUUUCCACUACUAGCUGUGAAGUUGACAAUUAUUGCGUCUCCUAGCCAACUAAGAAGUUGAAUUUCUCUAUUCAAAUGUUUUGAGAUUCUAGGGAUAGUUGUUUAACAAAAACUUGUGCAACGUAAUUUUGUAUACCCAGGAGAUUGUCUUUAACGUAUUCGCUGCUUGAAAUUACCUAACACGAUAAAAUUAUUUGAAUAAAAAUGCCAUUAUUUUAAAAUUCGCGCUCAAUCAAUAAAUGACAGAUGAGUGAUGGAUGACAUCCCGUAACUACAACAUGGCGGAAUGCGGGAGCCCGAGUUUGGUUAUGUUAAAAGACCAUCGAAACAACAGAACUUUAUUUAAACAAGUAUUAAUACAAUGAACAUAAAUUAUUGUUUCCCAAAGUUAUAAUUACGAGUAAUUGUGCAAUUGUGGCAAGUCAUAGUGAUUGUUGCACCCGAUGUGUUAGUUAGAGCUGUUGUUGGUAAAUUGGUAACCGUAUUAUGUAGAGUACUGGUUUCAUUGAUGUUAAUAGAUGAAGAUGAGGUUGAUGGAAAUGCAGCCGAUGAAGGUGAACGCUGUGACUCGACUGAUAAAUCCACAGAAGUUGAAGAUGUAGAAGGCCCUUGGAGCAUAUCUGCGAGUGACCUUUUGAGUACCAGUGACUCCUCAAUGUAACCUUCUGCUACCGUUGCAGAUUUCCAACCCCCAUGUUGUUUUAGUUGUAGUGUGUUACCACCACUAGCCGCUAAAAUAGUGGCAGAAGUUCUUCGAAAGCUAUGACUAGUGAAGGGGCAGUAGUUCGUCGUUUAACUGCUCUGCAGCUUCCCGCAUUUCAGGCAGUGUAUAAUUAAUUUCUAACAUAUUAUCCUUAUUCAAAAAAAACACUCAAACACGACAAUGACAAACGUGUGGAAAUAAGUUUUAUUAGUGGAAAUGUCAAUCUGCAUCAGACUACAAAAUAGUACUAAAAAAUAGUAUAUACACCACGGUGGCGAAGACAUUUAUAGGCCUCGCACCUUAUUCCGCUCGGGGCGAAGCCCCUCGCGUAAUAAUCUUGGUGCUCGGUCAAUAAUAAUAGUCUUCGCCACCUUGGUGUAUAAUGUACUAUUUUACUGUUUUUUUUUCAGCUCCGAUUCUGGAAAUUCCGAGUAAUCAUAAAUUUAUUUUGUUACUUACUUGAUAUAAUUAAUGUGUAAAUUAUAAUAUAUUUUUUUUAAUACACUGUUGAAAACCAAA